UCUCUUCCUCCCGCUGCUCCAUUUCACGCAAAGUCCCCUUAAUUAAUUCCAUUAAUCAUCCAGCCCCAUUCACCCCCCAUUUCCCCUCCUUUUCUCCCCGAUCCUCCGUUCAUGGCGAUCGUCCAUCCCAGGGCAUGGAAGAUAACGACGAUGAGUUCUUCUCCGACGAUGGCUUCGACGACCUCCCUCCCAGCACUUUGUUCCAAUUGGAGCAGAACGCAUAUCGCGCCACUCAGGCGAAUCCCCAGCAACAACUACUACAACAACAACAGCCACUCAUUGACUCGGCCAAAACAUCGCGAACCUUUUCCGACCUGAACCUCGAUUCCGUUGUCGCCAAUGCUACCUUACACACCGGAUUGAGCAACGACUACGAUGUUUGGGACAUAGGAGAGCUAGACGCCGAGGUUCUGGAUGAUGGAGUACCGAUCCAGCCAAAUGCUGCGCUGGACCAGGCUGCGACCUUUGCUGCUUCGGUUCAGCAUCAGCAAAAGGAUACCUCUGCAGGCGGUGAUGACUAUGGGGAUCUUCCAGACCCCAUGGAGAUCGAGGAAGAAGCAGAAGGCGCCUCGCGGUUCCCAGAACUUCACAAGGCCUACGCGGAACUCAGUGAAAAGCUGGCGUUGGAGACCGCACGACACCAGCAAAUGGCGGAAGAGCUGGCUGCAGCUAAAUCCAUGGCCGAAACCAAAACUGGCGAGAUUGCUAUCAUCCGGGCCAAUCAGGCCAAAUUAGCAGCCAAUUAUGACCGUCAACUAGCAGCCUUGCGAAAGGCAAUGGAGGAUGAGGCGGCAAGGCACGAGGAAGAGGUGGCAGCUGCUCGUGCAGAGGGCAAGAUGUUCGCCACGGAAAACGCCUUUCUUAGACAAGACCUAGCCGAAGAGUCCAUGCGCGCCAAUCAAUUGAAGGCCAAAGGCCGAGCAGAGGAGAAAGUACUGCCAACAACACCCAAAAAGGCGAAGGUUCUACCUUUCCGCGACGGCUUCGAUGAUGAUGAAAUCCUGGCAGUCUCUCCCAGCAAAUCGGCGCGUUCGAAGCGCGCUACACCAGUCGUACCAGGGAAAAGGAAACGAAAGGCCAGUCAGGACAGCCCGACACCGUUGCAGUUCAGCCCACAAUUGGAGCCUAUUCCCGUCGAACAUGCUGAAGAUUUGUCGGACGAUGCAAUGCUAGAUGCGGUGCCGGAUCAAGCUCGACCACAAGAGAUUACCCUCCCUAUGGAUCCGAGUGUUAUCAGACGCCUCAUGAACCACAGGACAUCGCGGGACGGUAAGCCCGACAUUGAGCUCAUGGCUGGACUGGCAUUCCCGUCAGAGCCACAGCGCAUGCUUUCCACCAUUCUCUUGGAGACGGCUGAAAGGCUUGACCUGGGGAACUACAUGGUGGAAUAUGCGCGAGCUAUCAUAUCCCUGUGGUCUCGCGCUUUGGCAGAGAAGUACUUCCAGCCUGUUCCAAUGUUCAUAUCCAUCAUGCGGUUCCUCGUGUCCGAAGACCUACAGGCCUUUGACAGGGACGUGUACCAGCAUCUGGUGCCAGUUUUGCAACUAUCGGCGGAAGUCAAUGCAGUUCCCCGAUUUCACAACUCACCCGUCUCGCGACCAAACCUGGGCCGGGCGCGAAAGACCCCAUUAUCGGAAUUGGAGCCGCUGGUCGACUCGACAGAAGUUCUCAGUCUCCUAUACGAUAUGGCAUGCAUCCGUUUGCAUGUGGAGCGGGAUAUGAUUGAACUCUGGCGGCCGGUUCGCUACGACUUUGUCCUGACGAUGCUGAACUGCUCGCAGCGCAUCGAUGACAUAAUCCUAAUGUUAAGCUUGUUAUCGACCAGCAUCCGCGCCGACUCGUUCGGUCCUGUCCAGGAGAGCGAGGACGUCCAGAACACCAUCGAGAAUUACAUCGUGGAUCGUGUCGCCAACCUUCUCAGUGAACAACUAUUACUCGAUGAAGGGCAGGAACCGUAUAUGGCGCGCGAGAUGUGCAGCAUGCGGCUGGAAGCAUUGGCCUUCCUCACCAGCCUUGCCUUCAACACUCGGGUGCCGGACAGCACUCACGGCAGCAUGAUCUUGGCCUCCCACCCCACCGUGCUGGCCCGGUUAAUCCGGGUGGCAAACGAUGAGCUAGACGCCCUCUACUCCCUACCGCCGGAGAAGGACCUCCACUCAGCCUUGGUCAACGGACUGAUAUGUCUCGUCCACGGUGUGAUCGAGCGACAUCGGGAGCACGCGGAUCUGCAGGCCAAACUCUGCCGGGUCCCCGGCGGGAAGCAAAAGUUCCUCGUAGUCCUGACGCGACUGGCGUUUAGCGAAGGACUGGUGUUAGAAGCAGGGAUCGAUGACGACACGGUCGAAAUGGCCCAUUCGAUUCUCGAUGAUGCCGUGACACCUCAGGAAGCCGAAGCGCUGUACGAGGCGUUUCCCAACGCGAAACGGGAUGAGGAGGAGGAGGAGGAGGAGGCAGACGAACAGGAGGAGAAGUCAGGCGAGGCCUGACCUACAGAAUUAUUUGAUAGCAUCUACCCGGUGUUUGGACACGGCAGGUCUGCAACAUCUUACACACAACUCACAAUGAUACCAACGAAGCAUAGCAGUCAUGAUAUACGACCGAUUAUUCUACAUAUAUACCUUAGCU